GAGAGAGAGAGAGAGAGAUAGUGAGGAAGAGUAGCUAAAGGCAAUAUGAGGGGUUGGAAGAACUUGGGGGUUGUUGAGACCAUCUAUGAGGAAGAAGACUACGAGUUCUCCUCCGCCUCUCCUUCUCUCUCCCCAGCCCUCUCUUCUCCUUGCACUCCUCUGCAUUCUAGAGUAGAAUCAUGGUCUCGGGCAACAGGGCACAAAGCAGAAGUAUUGAUUCGAGUGCAGGGAAAAUGUUUCCACCUACACAAGGAUGCCCUGACAUCAAGAAGCACAUAUUUAAAACGUCAACUAACCGAUUUCGUAUCGGACUUCGCGCUGCCUCUAAACAUUUCGGCCGAAACGUUCACUCUCGUGGCCGAAUUCUGUUACGGAGCCCACCUCGUCAUAACGCUGUUAAACCUCGCGGCUCUAAGGACAGCCGCGGAAUUGCUUGAGAUGACGGAGAGUAACUGUGACGGGGAUGACAACUUGCUCCACUUAACGGACACCUACUUCCGUCAAGUAGUAGCCGUUAAUAGAGAUUACGCAUCCGUUGUCUUCCGUUCGUGCCUAUCCUUGCUUCCCGAAGCAGAAACGGCGGCGUUUCUGCUGAGUGGGUGCAUUGAGGCGUUCGCUCUGUCAAUUGACGGUGACGGCGGUGCUGAUUGGUUGAACGAGGUUAUAACGGUCUGUCCCGAGGAUUUUCAAAUAGUCGCCGGGGCCAUUCAGCGCAGUUUUGGGAACCACGACGUCGUUUAUAAGCUCGUAGAUCUUUAUCUCGUGAGAUACAGUGGAAAAAUUACAGAGGACGAGAAAACUCAAAUAUGCAGCUCCAUUGACUGUAGCAAGCUCUCACCACAAGUCCUCCUGGAUGCAGUCCAAAACCCCAUAAUGCCCCUACGGUUCGUAGUCCGAGCCAUGUUGAUUGAGCAGCUCAACACUCGCCGUACCAUUAUCUCCGCAGCAGCAGCAGCAGCAGUGGCAGCUGAUCACACCCAAAUCCAACCCCGUGUUCAUCAUGACAACAAAAAACUAAUAGAGCCGGCCGGCGAGGCCACUACUCUAGGCUCUCUCCUCCAACGCGACACAAUGCUCCGCCAAUCCGCGCAGCUGAGGGCCACAAUGGCGGCUACGAGCUCGAGGAUACAGAGCUUGGAGGAGGAGCUCAAUGGCAUGAAGAAGCUGUUGGAUGAAUGUCACGAGAAGCAAGAAAAUAGUAUAUUAUUAGAGGACGGACGUAGGUCUGCGAGCUUUCAUUAUGGCACUAACGAGAAUAGCAAUAAGAUAACAAAGGGUGACAAAGCAUCUGCUUCUUCCUCUAGUUUUCGGAUUAUUUCUGGUAAAGGAUCAGCAGAGAGAAGUGAAGGGACUAGCAAUUGGUCUUCUUCUUGUAAGGGGACACCGAGGUCGACGAAGAAAAUCAGCGAGAGGUUGAUAAAUGGAUUGAAGAAGGCGUUUAGGGUUUCGGGUUCUGCUAAAGAGGCUGCCUCCAAGGACAAGAUCAUAAGGUAUGGAGGAGAUAUUGGCUAUAAUAAAGAUGGAGCUAUUGUGAUCCAAUAGGGUUUAGGAUCCGGUAAAUUACCUGUCCUUUUUCGUAGCUGAUCACGGAGAAAUUAUUGUAUAAUACGUGACUACUUUUCCUCUCGGGCAUUUUUAUUGAUACUUUUAGGAUUUUUAUUGUACGAUA